AUGGAGGCCGAGCUCGCCUCGGUCUCGGGCUCAGGGUCGUACGCAGACGAGGGCAGCGCGCCGCCGAGCGACGCUGACGAGGACGGCAUGCCUGGGAUGGUCGAUAACACCGACGACGAGGAGGAGUUCCCGCAGCUGCAGGUGCUGCAGGACCUGCUGGACCAGCACAAGCAGGAGCAGCAGCAGCAGCCGCAGCAGCUGCAGCAGCAAGAGCAAGAGCGAGCGGCUCCGCCACGGAAGGUGCAGCGACGGGACGAAGAGUCUGCACGGGCUGCGGACGCGCCGGCCGCGGCGGGGCAGGCUGCGGCGCCGGCGGCCGCAGCGGGCGGCAGCGCGGCUGCGGCGCAAGUGGAGCCGGCCGCGGCGGCGGCGCCGGCUGCAGCGGCGAAAUCUAAAAAGGAGCUUGAGGCGGAAAGGAAGCUGCAGCAGAAGCAGGCGGCGGCCGCUGCAAAGGCGGAAGCAGAGCGCAAGGCCAAGGAGGAAGCCGCCGCGAAGGCCAUGGCUGAGCUAUUGGAGGAGGAGGAGGCUGAGAAAGAGCGCGAGCGGCAGCGCCAAGAGGCCGCCGCGGCAAAGAAGAAAAGCAAGAAGAAGAAGGGCAAGGAGAAGGCGACCGUCGCAGCGGCUGCAAAGGCGGCCAGCGAGGAGGAGGAGCAGGACGCGGCGGCCCCGUCCACCUCGUCCGGCGCCGGCGCAGUGCCCGCGGCCGCGGCGGACGCCAAGGGCAAGGGCAAGGGCAAGCAGCAGCAACAGCAGCAGCAGCAGCAGCAGCAGCAGGUUGUGGAGCAGCGGGAUGCGGCGGCGGAGGAGGAGGAGGAGGAAGAGGGCGGCGGCGGCGGCGGCGCGGGGCUGGGCGGCGCCGAGAGUGUCAUGGAGAUGAUACAGCGCGUGCAGCGGGAGCAGGACGCGCGGGAGGCGCGCAAGCAGGCGCGCGCCGAGAAGGAGCGCGAGGAGGCGGCGCGCGCGGCGGCAGAGGUGGGCGCUUUUGGGGGGUUCACUAUGUGA